CGUGACAGCCGUCCGUUCGGGUGGACCGUUUUAGUGUCGAUCGAGGCAUCGUCGAGGUAGCAGGCGGUCCCUGGUCAGUUUCUCGAGUUGCCGACGUUCCCUGUGUGCGACAGGAUGAAAACGUUCGUCUACGUUCUUCUCGUUGCGGCGUGCUUCGUCGCGUGCGCACGCGGAUUCCCAAGUAUAGGAUAUGAUUCGUCUGACGAGGACAGAGAUGACUUUGACACUGUGGCCUUCGACUUCGCUAUGCCGAAUUUAUUUUCUGAUACUCUCCAAAGACUUAGGCAAAAUCUCUUAAACUACUUCUGGAACAUGCCCGAUAUCACGGACGUCAAGAUUCCUGAAGGAGCGAACACGACCUCCACAACUAAGAUCAUUAACGGCCACGUGGUGACGGUCAACGAGACGACUUACAUGACCGGCGACGCUCUCAGCGGCACCGCGUUCCGCAUUCGCAUAAUCGACGUGAAGCCGCAGAACGACACCGAGCUGACGCGCGACGGAGGCAACGCGGGACCGGAGUCAACGGUGAAGCCGGAGCCGUCGGAGAGCCGCGAGACGGUCGAGGACUUAAACAACGAGAUAUCGAAAAACGUGGAGACGCUGACCGCCUAAAAGGCGGUUGAUCCGCUCGCGUGACACGUCGACGAUCGACGGUAUCUGGGUGGAUCUCGGACAGAGGAGGAACGACCUUUAUUUACGUGGCUGUAGUAGAGUAACUUCGGUGCCACACCGAGUGUGCAUCGCGUUAAGAUAAAAAUAUUACUGUAAUAUAUACAAUACAUAUAUAUAAAGUUGUGUUUCUGUUAUUUCCUAUCGCUUCUCGAUACGGUAGUUUACGACGUUUACUUGCGUCUCUCUGGGAAAAAAGAUUGCCGUCGCUGAAGAGGAUAAGUUAGGGAUAUUUAUAAAUACGUGGUACGAGAGUUGAGAAGAGAGGGGCUAAUUGGUUUCAAUUAACGAUAAUUUGUAAAAUUUUAAUUAAUUGAUUAAAAAGCUUUUAAAUGAUUCUGAAUCAAAUGAAAAUUCUCGGUUAAACGUGAAAUUGAAAUAAAUGAGAUGUAAAGCUCAAUGCGCGUUCACGUUUUUUUACAACUGAACAUUUUAUACCUUGAACAGUUGAAUUUUAUAUCAUGAAAUACGCCUGAAAGACGUUCACUAGCGAAGAAUAUGGAAAUAAAAUGUUAUUGUGUGAUUUCUUGUACUUCUCAGAUUAAUUACUUUCUUUGACUCUUUCUAAUUUAUAAUAUUCGUUAUACGUCCAUGUAUCCGACAUUUGUGAAAACUGUUAAAGAUUUUUAUAUAUUUUAUAAAUUAGUAGAAAUAAAAUUGGUGUGUGAUAACGUAUGAUAUUUUGUAAUCAAUAUAUAUAUUUCAAUAUAUAUGUGUGUAAAUUCUCGCAUAUCUCGUUCUACCUUAGAUGAAUGUCGAGCAAAAAAGGUGAAAGCACCGUUACUUCGAGUCACAUACUUCGUGUAUAAUUCACAUAUCACGCUGGUUUACUCGCUAACAGUUAUAUAUAUGUAUAUAUAUAUACGUAAAACCGUUUUGUAAUAACUAAUUAUAUUACACUGUCGUCCGCCAAGCGGAAUAUUUACGCCAGUCCAGUUUGUUACGAUUUAUGCGACCAAAUACGAAUAUGAAGUAAAUUGCAACUGCUGUAUCACAUUAUCAUAUUACUUUGUAUACUUAUAGAACGAUGCGAGGACUUUUAUCCUGUGAAAGAUUGCAUAGAGCUGAUAUUUAAUAAAUCUACACUUCCUAUGCAUAUGGGAAGCGUAGAUUUAUUAAGUAGGAUAUAUCCAGGUAUCCUAUUUCUUUUUUCUAGUUUCCCUCACAAAUAGUAUCUUCAGCGCUGAAAAACGCAAAUGUCGAUCGAGUAAGGCAUGUAAUUUUGUGAUGAAAGAUCCACACACACGUGUAAGUAAACGUCUGUAAACUAUUUACGGAGGAAAAGUUUAAUAGAAAAGGCUUCCGUGGAACGUCGAUUUUUUAUAAUUUUAUAGAAGGAAAAAUGUACGUUCCUGUAGUGCUGUUCUAGCGUAUUUUUACAUACGUACACAAAUGUAUUUACAGAUUGUAAGUCGUGCUGUAAACUGAAAUGUUGAGAAAAGUUGACGCAAUAAAAUAAUAGUAAUGUAUCAUA